AUGGGCCGCGAGAUCAUCUCCAUCCAGACCGGCCAGGCCGGUAACCAGAUCGGACAAGAGUUCUGGCAGAAGCUGUGUGCAGAACAUGGAAUCUCACCAACGGGUAUGCUCGAGGACUGGGCCGAGAACCAGGGUGACCGCAAGGACGUCUUCUUCUACCAGGCCGACGAUGAGCACUACAUCCCUCGCGCGAUCCUCAUCGACCUCGAGCCACGAGUCAUUAACAACAUCCUCACGUCGCCGUUCAAGGGGCUCUACAACCCCGAGAACAUCUACGUUUCGAAGAACGGCGGCGGUGCGGGCAAUAACUGGGCACAAGGUUAUGCCGCAGGCGAGCGCGUAUACGACGACCUGAUCGAGAUGAUCGACAGGGAAGCGGACGGCAGCGACAGUCUAGAGGGGUUCAUGCUGCUCCACUCCAUUGCCGGCGGUACAGGAUCAGGCCUUGGCUCGUUCCUCCUGGAGCGCUUGAACGACCGCUUCCCCAAGAAGCUCAUCCAGACGUACUCAGUCUUCCCCGAGGCGUCCGACGUCGUGGUGCAACCAUACAACUCGCUGCUCGCCACGAAGCGGCUGGUGAACAACGCCGACUCGGUCGUCGUUCUUGACAACGGCGCUCUGACCCGUAUCGCCGCGGACCGCCUGCAUGUCCAGGACCCGAGCUUCGUCCAAACAAACCAGCUAGUCUCCACCGUCAUGGCCGCGAGCACGACUACCCUCCGCUACCCGUCGUACAUGAACAACGACCUCGUAGGGAUCAUUGCGAGCUUGAUCCCGACGCCCAGGUGUCACUUCCUCAUGACGAGCUACACGCCGUUCACCGGCGACGAGAUCGACAAGGCGAAGUCGAUCCGCAAGACGACUACGCUGGACGUCAUGCGCCGCUUGCUGCAACCGAAGAACCGCCUAGUAUCCACGACGUCAACGCGCACGUCGUGCUACGUGUCGUGCUUGAACAUCAUCUCUGGCGACGUCGACCCAACGGACGUUCACAAGUCGCUGCUGCGCAUCCGUGAGCGGCAACUCGCCAACUUCAUUCCCUGGGGACCAGCAAGUAUCCAGGUCGCGCUCACGAAGCGCAAGACGUCGCAGAACCGCGUGUCGGGCAUCAUGAUGGCGAACCACACGAGCAUGGCAUCGCUCUUCAAACGCAUGCUCGACCAGUACGACCGUCUGCGCAAGCGUAAUGCGUUCCUCGAGCAGUACAAGAAGGAGGACAUGUUCUCGAAUGGGCUGGAGGAGUUUGACGACUCUCGGCGCGUGGUUGCCGAGAUGGCCGAAGAGUACAGGGCAAUGGAGAGCGAGUCGUACAUCACUUACGGAUGA